AUGCCGGCCUCACAUCACGGCGCGGCAUCCGCAUCCACCUCCGGCGUCGUGCCCGUGCCCACGCCGGAGCGCCGAGUUAUUCACGGCGACUCCCUCAACAAUGACUACUUCACGGACAAUGACGCACCAGACAUAGACUUACUAUCUCGGUCACUUCCAACCUCUGGUCCCGUCCUUGAGCCAGAGCCAGCUGAUCUGGCUAUGCUCCGGCCCGUCACAUCUAAUCAAUCCCACAUCCCAAUUCACGACGACGAACAAGCCGUGAUACACGAAGCCGCACCCUCAGAACGCUCACCACUCCUCCGGCCACGAACAUCCUCCGCAGCCCUCUCAUCCACCUCCCUCCUCAGCGACUCCGACCCCAUCCUCUUCCUAAACGGCACUUCCCCCUCCCGCUUCUGGUACAUCUUCUCGCAGAUCCUCGCCGUCCAAUUCAUAGGCUGCUUCGACGGCACCAUCAUGGCGAGCUCCCACCCCGUCAUCACGAGCUACUUCGGCGCCGCGAACUCCGCCUCCUGGCUGUCCACCGCCUUCCUCCUCACCUCCACGGCCUUCCAGCCGCUCCUGGGCCGGCUCUCCGACGCGGUUGGCCGGAAGCCCCUGUUCCUGGGGUCGCUCGUCGUGUUUGGCCUGGCUACGCUGUGGUGUGCGCUGGCAGAUAGCAUCGAGGGCUUCAUCGCUGCGAGGGCGUUUUGCGGUCUCGGCGCGGGUGGGAGCAUGACGCUGGGGAGUAUAAUUACCAGUGAUUUGGUGCCCAUUGAACGACGAGGCGCGUACCAGUCGUAUAUGAAUAUUGUGUAUGGGGUUGGCUCGGCGCUUGGUGCUGCGUUGGGGGGCGCCAUGGCUGAGGCUCUGGGUUGGAGGUGGGAGUUUGGCGUGCAGAUUCCGCCGUUGGUGUUGUGUCUUUGUGUGUCGUGGGUUGCUAUACCUGAUGAUUUGGGCGUCAUGGGCGAGAGGAAGACGGUUAUGCAGGCGGUUAGGGAGUUUGAUGCCAGGGGGUCGUUGUUGUUGACUCUUUCUGUUUCGUUUCUUAUACUUGGAUUGAACCUCGGCGGCAACGUCAUACCAUGGUCCCAUCCCUUCGUCAUCACCUCGCUUGCCAUAUUCGCAGUCUGCUUCCCAACCUUCAUAUGGGUCGAGUCCCGCGUCCUCAAGCCCAUCAUGCCCCUGCGCCUGAUCCAGCAAUCCCCCCGCGCAAACCUCAUCUUCUCAAACUCCAUCGCCGCUUUACUCUCCAACGCCAUCUUCUUCAACAUCCCGCUCUACUUCCAAGCCGUGCUCCUCAUGUCCGCCACCGACUCCGGCCUCCGCCUCGUCAUCCCAACCCUCAUAUCGUCCUUCUUCGGCGCCCUCACCGGCUUCGCCAUCACAUGGACCCGCCGCCUCAAAUGGCCCCUCGUCUGCGGCACGACGCUCUACGUCCUCGGCACCAUCUGUCUCUUCUCCCUGCGCCGCGGUCUGCCCGCCCUGGCGUACUUCCUCACCCUGUUGCCGUCCAGUAUCGGCGGCGGGUUCCAGUUCCCAGGGACGUUCAUGGCCAUCCUCGCUUCGUCGCCGCAGUCCGAGCAGGCCGUCGUGUCGAGCACGCUUAUCCUCUGGCGGAGUCUGGGCAUGGUGCUCGGCGUGGCGGUGAGUAGUUUGUGCGUGCAGAACGCGCUGGUGGUGUAUCUGGAUGAGUUUGUGAGCGGGGAUAGGAAGGAUAGCGUUAUACGGGAGGUGAGGGCCUCGGUGGAGGCGGUUGUGCGGCUGGAGGAGCCGUAUAGGGAGCAGGUGAUUAGGGCGUAUGAGGCGUCGUUGCGGUUGACGUUUGGGCUUUGUGUUGUGCUGGCUGUUGUGUCGGUGGCUAUUGUGGUUCCUGUGCGGUUGAAGAGGUUGCCUGCUAGGAAGGUCAGGAAGAGUGGACAUUGA